AGCAUCCCACCUGGGCACUGAUGUCCAAGGAAAGCCACAGUGACCUACUACAGGGGUUGAUUGCAGGAUUACAGCAUUAUUGGAACAUUUUUUCACAAAAACCUCCAAAGCUGGAAUAUUGCCAGAGGGCUCCUUCCAAGUUCCAGCUCAGUAAACAGCAGGAAGGGAAACACCCAGUUACUGCUGCAGGCUGGACAAAGUUCUGAACUCAGGAAAGUGAAACUACCCCUGUUACACUGCCUAGAGGGAGCCAUCAGCCAUGGAAAAACCCAUGGAAAAACCUGCAGGAUGAAGCUAUUUGUCCCUUCUGGCUGGAAUACGUUAAAGGCCCAGUAAUUAUAGACUGUAGGCACAAUUUCUGCUGAGCCUGCAUCACCCAGUGCUGGGAGGGAUUGGAUACAGACGUCUCCUGCCCUCAGUGCAGAAAACCUACCCAGCAGAGAAACCCCAGGCUGAACAGGCAUCUGGCAAAUGUCUUAGAAAUAGCCAAAUGACUGGGUUUACAGGUAGCAAAGGGAGCAGGAGGGGAUAGAUUGUGUGGAGAACGCCAGAAGCCUCUCAAACCGUUCUGUGAAGAGGAUCAAACAAACCUCCAUCUGCUUGGUUUACGACGGAGCUCGGGCUGAGUCCCAUAAAGGAGACUUCCCAGGAGUACAAGUUUUGCAACUGAAGUUACAAUGAAGGUGAAGAUUUCCUCAUUCUGCUGCUGCUCCGCAACCAUCUCCUCUGUGCCUGGCUUUAUCAUUUUCUUAUUUGAUUUCCACAUUCACCAGCUGGUCUCAGCCCAGUUUAGAGUCAUUGGACCUGACCAGCCUGUCACUGCCAUUGUGGGAGAGGACAUUGUGUUACCCUGCCACCUGUCCCCCAGGAUGAGCGCUGAGAACAUGGAGGUGAUAUGGUUCCAGUCCCAGCUCUCCCAGUUUGUUCAUCGCUAUAGUGAUGGGAAGGAUCAGACUGAAGAUCAGACACCAGAGUAUCAGGGAAGGACAGUGUUUCUGAGAGACAGCAUCGCCAAUGGAAGUGUUUCGCUGAGGAUACACAAUAUCAGACCCUCUGAUGAGGGACAAUAUAGGUGUUUUGUUCAGUCCUUGACAUUUUAUAAUGAAGCCACAUUGGAACUGAAAGUAGCAGCUUUAGGCUCUGAUCCGCAGCUCUCUGUUGAGGGUUAUCAGAAUGGAGGGAUUCGGGUGGUUUGUCAAUCCAUUGGUUGGUACCCAGAGCCCCAGGUGCUAUGGAGAGAUCCCAGUGGACAGCAUCUACCAUCACUCUCUGAAACAUCCCGAGUGGAUGACGACCUGUUUGAAGCACAAACUACAGUCAUUAUCAGAGAAAACUCAAACCAAAAAUUGUCCUGUUGUGUCUGGAACAGCCACUUCAAUCAAGAAAAGGAAUCAACAAUUUAUGUAUCAGAUGUUUUCUUCCCAAAGGUCUCCCUGUGGAUUGUGGCUCUGUGUGUGAUCCUGGUGGUUUUAUUUGUUUGCAUUGGCCUCGUUGUUUAUCUCUUCAAAAUGAAAGAGAAACUUGCAGCAGAACUUAGAUGGAGAAGAGUCCUCGCUCACUCAGAGAAUGUGAUUGUGGAUCCAGACACGGCUCAUCCCCAACUCAUCCUGUCUGAGGAUUGGAAACGUGUGAGAUGGGGAGACACACGACAGGAUCUGCCCAACAAUCCUGAGAGAUUUGACUCUAGGGCCUGUGUGCUGGGCCACGAGGGAUUCACCUCCGGAAGCCAUUACUGGGAGGUGGAGGUGGGGGAUGGGAGAGGCUGGGCUGUGGGGGUCGCCAGAGAGUCUGUAAAGAGGAAGGGAUGGAUCAAGCGUAAUCCUGAGGAGGGGAUCUGGGCUGUGGACUAUGAAUGGAGUGGUCAUUAUCGGGCUCUGACUUCUCCUAGGACCUGCUUGCCUUUGAGUGAGGUCCUCAGGAAGCUUGGGAUUUAUCUGGACUAUGAACGGGGGCAGGUGACAGUUUUUGAUGCUGAUAAGGAGGCCCCGAUCUUCACUUUCCCAACAGCCUCUUUCAACCGGGAGAGAGUCUUUCCUUUACUUUGGCUGUGGGGUACUGAAUCUGAGCUCAGACUGUGCUCCUGACUUGGGAUGAUGGGGUGGGGAUCAGCCAUUAGACCCAUUAAAUGAGGCCACAGACAUCCCAGUCUCUCUGACUCUGGAGACCCAAUUGUCUCUGCACUGUCAAAAUCAGGUGUAAUUAAUAGGCUGCUCAGUGCUGUUGCACCCCAAGCUCCUGAAGUUACUCAGUAUGUCAGCAGGUGCAUCCAGACUCAAUGCAAGCACUGAAGGGCUAUUUUCUCUAGCACUUAGUGUGUCCUUCUAGGCUCUCAGGGAGAUUUUACUUGGGCUGGAAGAAAGGAAAGGUUGCCAGUGCCUUAGGUACAGAGGCAUCCAGUAGAUGGUUAAGGCUGUUCAGGCUUAGUGUGUUCACCACUCCAGUCCUCUGUUAGCAGCAAUUUGGUAUUAUGCAUGUUUCAUGACCAGGAUCAGUCUGUGGUGUGCUCCGUUUCGGGGGCCCUCUGUGUUAUCCUCCUGCUAUUGCAUGUUCUACCCAGCUCCAAUUGGAACAUGAAUCUUGACUAUAUGAGUGUGACACUCUGUACCUCAGGGGAACACCCUACACCUCCAUGUUCAUCCUUAUAAUAUGAUUGUGUGGUAUCUAAUGCAAAGUUUGUCAUGUCAGGUGUCUUCGGAAGGCUCAUGAUGCACUCAGCAUUGUUGUUACAGUAAUGUUAUAGUAAUUGUUGUUAUAGUAAUGUGGGGGUUCUCACAGCAGAGCAGGGUAAGGCUGGCUUCCAGAGUCAAGGAUUAGAGUGAUCUAGCAGAUCACCGGUCCAGAUAACACAAGGGGAACGUAACAGUGAGUUUAGGGUUAUGCCUUUUGGAUUAAUAAAUUCAGGGGCUACCUCUCAAUGGCUUGUCAAUGAGGUGCUGUAGAUCCUAUAUAGACACAAACAUUUGCCAGAGCCUAUAUAGAUGGCUUGGUUAUUUUCAGUAUCUCCUGGCAAGGCCACGUAAACCAUGUUGUGGGAAUUGUACUACAGAGGCUGAGAGAAGCCAUCCUCACUGUUAAGGUCUCCAAA